AUGGAGCUGACAGAGGUGGUAUCCCCGCACGUGGCAGUACCUGUAUUUGGUGUCCUGCUGUGUGCAUUUCUCGUUUUUGCCUUUGGUUUUAAAUCACCUGCCCAGCCACCGAGCUUCAAUUUUGAUGAGGAUAGCAAGAAAAAGAAGCCAAAGAAAGCCAAGCAACAGAAAAGUCAAACUAAUGGCCAUGUCACGGCUGUGACCCAAGAAACCAGUGUGCCAACCAAACCCCAGCCAUCGCCUAAACAUGCUGAUAAACCAGCCAAGUCCCCAUCUCCUGGAAACAAAAGUGCAAAAAAGGCAGAAAUUCAGACUAAAAAGGCAAAGAAAAACAAGGAAGAGGUAGCUGUUGUUCCUACUAUAGCGUCUGCAAAAAUAGAAGAAGAUGGAUGGACCACUCAAGUGUCCCGAAAGGACAGAAAGAUGAAAAACAAGAAGGAAGAUAAGAAUGAUUCUGGUUCAGGGGAGGAGUGUGAGAUCAAAGUAACACAGGUUGAGGAAGCUCCCCAGGAACAGAGGUCAAAAGGGAAAAACAAGAAAAAGAAG